AUGCUCAAUAUAGUGGAUAUCGUAGAUUUUACAAAGGAAGACCAAGAUAAUGAUGCUACAAGCCAUGGUACUUUUAUAGCGAGUGUGAUCGGCAGCAAAAAUCCAGCUUGUCCAGGAAUUGCACCGGAUGCAGAAUUAUACAUUUUUAAGGUCUUUAAUAAAAACCAUGAUUCAUAUACGGAGUGGUUCUUGGAAGCCUUCAAUUUUGCUAUUGAGCAAGGCAUUGAUAUCAUAAAUUUAUCGAAUGGAAGCUCAGAUUUCCAAGAUAAUCCGUUUAUUGAUAAAAUAAAUGAAGUAACAGGACAUGGAAUAACAGUGGUUUCAUCUAUUGGAAAUGAUGGCCCCGACCAAGGAACUCUUAAUAAUCCUGCAGAUAUGACCAAUGUUAUUGGAGUAGGUUCUCUAAACCAAGCAAAGACUGGAAUCGCACAUUUUAGCUCUAGAGGAAUAACUACGUGGAAUUUGUUAAAAGAGUACGGGAUAGUUAAGCCAGACGUCAUAACUCUUGGGGAAAAAAUUGGAGGAUUAGAUAUCGAUGGAGGCUGAACAGUCUCCUCUGGCACUAGUGUCUCUUCAGGAAUAAUUUCUGGCUCACUCGCUGUUAUUCUCUCAAGUCUCGAAUAUAAGCCAAAUCCUGCUCUUAUAAAGAGCCAUAUUCUGAAAAAUUCUAACAAGGAUAAGAAAUUAUUAAUGAGCUACCAAACCGGUGGUGUUUUCGAUUUAAAUAAAGUGAGAGAAUCUUUAAAACCCAAAAAGAAUUCUCUUCCAAUAGUUUUUCCUGAAAGGUUGGAUUUAACAGAUCCUUCAAAUGAGCCUUUCUCUUCCAUCUCUUUCUAUUCAACGAUGAGCCCGAUAUCUUUCAAUUUUACUGUUAUUCACCCAAGUUCGAAAAAUGGAAGCGAAAUUGAAGAUCUCUUUUGGAAAACAGAGAAUGAAUUCGUUCAUGAUUGCUUGAAAAUUCAAUACGAGAAGUCUGAUGCUAUCGAGUAUUAUACAUUGGUAAAAAUGACUAUCUCAGUGGACUCCACUCGGGAAUGUCGAUUUGUAUCCGCUCCAGAGGAGGAUAUCACAACUUAUAUCUCGUUCACUUCUUCAACGCCGGGUGAGAUACAAUACACUACACAUACAAUGAAGAUAAAUUUGAUCCCAACUCCAGAACGAAGUAAGCGUAUUCUCAUGGAUGCUUACCAUAACUUAAAAUUUCCUGAGGACGGAUAUAUCCUCAGAGACAGUAUAUUUGUUGACAAACAGCCGUAUGAGUGGAAAGGUGACCACCUUUUUACAAAUUAUCUACAGCUUUAUAAGUUUUUGAGGUCUCAAGAAUACCAUAUUGAGAUCCUCAAUGAACCAAUUACCUGCUUUGACAGCAGAAAUUACGCAGCCUUUAUACUGGCUGAUCCGGAGAAAGCCCUCUCUAAGAAUGAAGUCAUUAAGCUUAGGAAGGAUAUAGAGAUUAGAGGUCUUUCACUAAUUAUUAUAGCAGAAUGGAGUGACGAGGCCAUGAUUGAAAAACACACUUUUAAGUCAGAAUUUACGAAGAAGGAGUGGAAACCAGUUAUAGGUGGAAGUGACUUACGUUCUAUUAACACACUUCUUAAACCAUAUGGCAUUAUGUUCAAAGAAAGUAGUUAUUCAGGUACCAUUGCAGUUGGAGAAGAGAAAUACAAAAUCGAAUCAGGUGCGGUUAUCCAGAAAUUUCCAAAUAAAGGAUAUCUAUUUGCCGGAAAGCUCGUUGAAGACGUAAUCUCAAUGGCAAAGAUAGAAGAUCUUGAUAAAAUUAAAGAAGAAAUCCAUCCCUUAAUCGGAAUCUACGACCUCUCAGAUGAGAACAACAACAAAGAAUCCGGAUCAAUCCUCGCCAUCGGAGAUUCCUACUGAAUAGAAUCCUCCGCUCCCGUAAAAUGCUACAAUCUCCUCGACGAAUUCCUCCGCUCCCUCAACCAAAAGAUCAAGCAGAGCUUACUUUUCUCCCCUGAGCACCUUCUUAACUCCGACUUCAACUCCUCUCCCGAACAAGCACCUCUCUCUGACACUUACCGUGAAGACCCUACCACCUGCAUUGGCACCUCCUUCUUCAGUGUAAAAGACACUCAGCCCCUGCUGGGCGACUUCAGUUACGAACAAACUUCUGAAAUACUGACUAGAUUCACCGUGCUUGAUGACGCGAAGUAUACUGGUGGGGAAGACUGGGUGGGCUCCCUUGUGUUUAAGAAUGAAAUUAUUGUAUUGUUGGUUAUUGCCAUGGGCAUUUUGUGAUGACUUGUAUUUUAUGUGUGGUGGCAGAGGAAGAGGAAUAUUAAGUACAUGAAGAUUUUACCAGAUGUUGAUAUUUAA